UCUCCGUCGUAUCGCCCAAUGCUAGAGCAUGGAGGAAGAACUGCUGAAAUCGAUGAAGCGUUAAUAUUCAUGAUUGCCAGAGACAAUCUUCCUUUGCGAACAGUCGAACGUGAUGGAUUUGUCCACUUCUGCAAAGUGACAAUUCCUUUGUACAAGCUUCCGUCAAGGAACAAAGUCACGGAGAUGAUUGAUGCAAAGUUCGAAAUUUUAAGUGGUGUAGUGAAAACUGCUCUUUCCAAGGUUGAAUCGUGUUCCUUGACCGCAGAAAUCUGGACUGAUACUGGAAACAAUCAGAGUUACCUAGGUGUAACGGCACACUAAGACGAAGCUGAAUUGAAAUCGAUGGCCCUAACUGCCCACCCACUUGAUCAAGCGCACACAAAGGAGUAUAUAGCAGGAAUGCUACGAAACGUUUGUGUUGAAUGGAACAUUGAUCUGGACAAAGUAUCCGUUAUAGUUACGGAUGGGGAAGCCAACAUCGUGUCUGCUGCAAAAAAUGUUUUUGGAGAUGCGAGACAUGUUAUAUGUGUCGACCACAGCUUGAGUCGCAUCACCACUAUUGACAAAUUGCCUCUAUUUGAAAUUCUUCUGACGAAAAUACGGUCCAUCGUAGCUUUUUUCGAGAAAUCCAUCAAUGCUGUGGAUGAGAUUCGUGCCCUGCAGCUCAAAGAGGUUAGCUCCGAUGCCGACAUAUUAAAGCUAAUCAAGGAUGAGCCUACCAGGUGGGGCAGCAACUACGCGAUGCCGGAACGCUUCAUUAAGCUUGCAGAUAAGGUUAGUUUAAUACUUUUGCGGUAUACUUCCGUUCAAAUGUUAACCGGCUCAGAACUGGCGGCGGCUACUGAGGGGCACGAUUUACUGCAACCUGUGGCUCAUACGAUAACUGAGCUGGAAGGUGAAACUGUUUCCCUUUCAGGGAAGGUGAUCCCGAUGUUAAAGAACAUGAAAAGGAGUAUCGACUCAAUGAGUCCUACUACCGAGCCAGUCAGACAAUUGAAAACGAUGUUUCAGGCACAAUAUGAGCGAAAAUUCAAGGAUAUAGAAUUCGUAGAUACAUUUUCUAUUGCGACGCUGUUAGAUCCCCGUUUUCAAACCCUCUAUCUCUGUUCGUUAGCUCAUGCAAAGGUGCUUAAAAACGUAUCCGAUAUGGUUCAAAUUGCAAACAAAAACUCAACGACUAAUCCUAAUGAAAUUUCAUCGUUUGCACCGAAAGCCGGGUCGAACAAUUUAUGGAAUUUUCACCACCAAAUGGUGCACGAAUCAUCUUUGAACCAUGAGCCUGAUACCCCUGUAGGUAUCUCAGGGGAACUACGAAAUUUUUUACACCAAAAAGUCGUAAGUCUUGAUUCCAAUCCUUUGGCAAUCUGGGAUUCAAUUAGAAGCGAGUAUCCUACACUCUAUCCAAUAGCUCGAGAAUAUCUCAGCAAGAUGGUAACAUCUGUACCAUCCGAGAGGCUGUUUUCCAGAACUGGUGCAACCACUCAAAACCGAUACCGGUUAAAUGCCAAGCGGAUGGCACGGUUGGCAUUUAUGGGAUCAUUGUCUGCAAACUUUUGGGCCAGCUGUUGAUUUUUUAUUAAAUUUUUUGUUAUAUCUUUUUUAAUUUGAAAUCUGUAAACGAACAAAACAAUUGUUAGCUUGAUUCCUACAGGGUUUACAAAACAAACGCCACAAACGCUGCAAGGUAUCGUAAAUAAAACAUGUUAUUAUUAUAUAUUGAGUACAUUUCCCUAUUAUUCUCUAAUUCUCUAAUUUUUUUCGCUCCGAAUUUCGAUUUUUUGGAUCGAUUUUUUCGUUUCGAAAAGAUCGAAAAGAUUGUUAUUUUUUCGAUCUGAUCUUUUCGAUCUCUUGAAAAUUUUUUUUAGCGUGCAGCAGUUUUUCGGAUGAAAAUGCCUCCAUGA